UAAACUUGUUAAAUCAUGGUCACAUGACAAGGAAGUGAAAAGUAAAUUGACGUCAUUAUCACCAAUACAGAGGGAAACUAUUUGUGAUAAACAUCAAAUAAAGAUUACUGCACAAGAUUGUGAAUAGGAAGUUCUCUUCUGUUCAGACAUGGCUGUCCCGGGAAAAAAGGUGCACAAAACAUUUUCAUCACCGUCAACAAUGGGCUCAGAUGAAGACCAUCAAGUGUACUGUCAGCCAUGUGACCGGGAUGGUCCUCGACUCCCUGCCCAUGGCUAUUGCAAAGACUGCAGGGAACACUUGUGCGACACUUGUGUGGCGGCUCACAAGAAACAUACGCUUUCAAGGCAUCAUACCCUUCUAGAUAAAAACAGCAUGCCAGAAAUCAUUUCUUCAGCGUCUAUUCAUCCAUGUCAGCUUGACAACUUUACCAAACCCUGCCCUAGACACAUAAAAGAAAUGAUCAAGUUCUACUGUCAGAACCAUAAAGCACUACUCUGCAGUGUAUGUGUUACCCUUGAACACACAGGUACAUCUUGCAAUGUCAACUAUAUCCCCAACAUUUCUGACAAGGUCAUUAACAGCAAAGAACUUCAAGAUAUCUUGAAAGCUAUGAAUACCAUUAAUGAGCAAUGUCACAAGAAAUCAGAAGAUGUGAUGAAAAUCAUUGCAAAGUCCAACAGUUCUUUGACGUAUGUAUUGUCUGAUAUAAAGAAGUUUCGGAAGGAAAUAAAUCAAAGACUAGAUGAACUAGAAAGACACGCUGAAGAUGCAGCAAAUGCUAUUCUACAAGAAAAUAACAAGAACCUGAAGACAGUACAAACAACUUUCAAUGACGUAACUAAGUCUCUGAAGACAUCAUCUGAUGCCAUUGAACAUCUCAACACAUCCAAAGAAGCAGACAAACUUUACAUGGAGCUGAAAUAUGCUGAACGAAUGAUCAAAGAUUACGAGACACGUGUCCACCACCUAGAAGCAUAUGAUGUCAAAAAGUACACCUUUAAACCAAAUAAAGCAAUAUCAACCCUUCUUAACAACUUGAGGUCAGUGGGUACAUUCACAGAGAAUUCAUUAAAACAACAAAGUCCUCCUCCAGCUGUUGAUUUAAAAUCCAGACAAACUUCACAAGAGGGUAAAAUCUGUGUAGAGACAUCAAAAGAUAAAGACAUAUGCCGUAUAAUAGGAAUGACUCUCCUUACUCCUGAUCUACUUAUCAUCACUGACUGUAAUAAUGAUGCUGUAAAAAUGGUGGAUACCUGCAGUCAAUCUGUUACUGCUCAAUUAAAAUUAGAUACUUGGCCACAGGAUGUAUCCUCAGUUACCAGAACAGAAUGUUCUGUCACACUUCCUGGCAAACAAAAUAUUCUGUUUAUAUCAGUCUCCUCAAACAAACUCAAGAAGAAACAAACUCUGAAGGUUGAUGGAGACUGUUAUGGUAUAAGCUGCUGUCAGGGGAAACUUGUUCUGUCAUUCUAUGAUCCUGCAAAACUCCAAAUUCUUGAUACUAAUGGUACUGUACUGACAACAGUAAGAGGGGAAAAUAUUUUCAGCAGACCAGGCUAUGUUACCACUAACACUAAUUCUAUCUAUGUAUCUGACUGGGAAAUGCAAACAAUUACAAGGUUAAACUGGCAGGGUGAGGUGAUUGGUAGUUAUGGCGGUAUGACUAGGCCACGUGGUAUAACACUGUCAGAUGAUGGUACUGUUUUUGUGUGUGAUAGAAAGAGAAAUGAUAUAGAAGAGAUAGCAGGUGACUGUUCUACAGGAAAGGUUGUGUUGAGGGACCUCAAUGAGCCUUUUGCUGUCUGUAGGUGUGCUGAAACAAGUAAACUAUACUUCAGCUGUCAUACUUGGAAAGACAAACAUGACAACAAACUUCAGGUCUUCAAGUUGUCAUAACUAGGACAAAUCUCACCAACAGUUUUACCAAUGUAUACAGUGAAACCAUUCAAAAUCAUGGAGAACUAAAUUUCAUGUAUUUUGCUAUUGCGUGAUUUCAUGACAUUUAAUCCCAUCAAACAAAGAAUAUCCCUAAUAUAAUUUCAUCCUAAGAGGGGUGUGCCUUCAGAUUAACAUCAACAUUUCAAAAUCUUAAAACCUGAAGAUAUCAAAAUUGAUAAACUAAAAUUGUUUAAAUAGAUAUUUUAAUGGGUAUGACACGAAGUACAACUGAAUUUCUUCAAUUAUAUAACAGAAUUUAAUAGCAUGACUUCAUAAUGCUUCUGCAAGUCUUCUAUAUAUUUUUUACCUAAAAUCUGCUAUAAUAAUUAUAAAUAAAAAGUUCCUUAAAUGCACAGAA